AUGUGCACUCAACAGCUUCUAGUAGUUCUCAUUGUGCCCUCUGUUGCACUAAGCCAACUGAAAGCUACACCCAUUGAAAAUCCUCAGGUGGAAAAAUAGAAAUGCGACACUGCCAUAUAUGCAAUUCAGUGGCUAGCAAAUUUUUUAGUCCAUUCCAGCAACAAUUUUAGUGUCAUUCUCUCACUUACCAAUGUGGGAUCCAACACAUAUGGCAAGAGAAAUACAGUUGAGAUUUUAAAUAAAAAAACGCUGACUGACUUACCCCUUUAG